AGUAUAUUUUCUUUUCUAUUUUACUCACCCACAAAGAAAAUUCAAAAGUUUAUUGUAGUAGAAAUUAUUAUUACUAUUAUUAAUCUACAAAAUGAUGAAAUCUCAAAAAAAAUUGUUGAUUAAGAUUAUUGUUGUACAAUGUUUGUUAGUUCUUUGUGUUGCAUCACAAGACUUUGAUUUCUUCUACUUUGUUCAACAGUGGCCAGCGUCUUAUUGCGACACGAGGCGUAGUUGUUGUUAUCCUACUACUGGAAAACCAGAUGAAGAUUUUAGUAUUCAUGGUCUAUGGCCAAACUACAAAGAUGGAAAAUGGCCACAAAAUUGUGAUAGGGAAAGCUCUUUGGAUGAAUCUGAGUUCUCAGAUCUUAUAAGCACAAUGGAAAAGAAUUGGCCAUCACUUGCUUGCCCUAGUAGUGAUGGUUUAAAAUUUUGGAGUCAUGAAUGGCUAAAACAUGGCACUUGUUCAGCUCUUAACCAACAUGCCUAUUUCCAAACUGCACUUGACUUCAAGACCAAAUCUAACCUUCUUCAAAAUCUUAACAAUGCAGGGAUUAAACCAAGGAAUGGAGAUUAUUAUGGUGUAGAAAGCAUUAAAAAGGCAAUUGAAAAAGGAGUUGGACACACACCAUUUAUAGAGUGCAAUGUUGAUUCACAAGGGAACCAUCAAUUAUACCAAGUUUACCUAUGUGUGGAUUCUUCUGCAUCAAAAUUCAUUGAUUGCCCAAUUUUUCCACAUGGAGGAAAAUGUGGUUCAAAAAUUGAAUUCCCUUCUUUCUCCACAAAUGAUGACCAUGAUGAAUUUUAAUUAUUUUUAUUAACUAAUUAAUUUCAUCAUGAUCAUAUUGUUGAUCUUUUACAUUGUAUUUUUAAUAGGAACCCUUUCAUAUUUGUAAUAAAAUAAAAUUUCAUUCCAAAGGUAACAACAUGCCAAAA